CAGUCUGUGGGGCUUAAACUGCUUUUUUUUCUGGUGAGAUGAAGGCGCUGACGUUGCAACAAACAAAUGUCGCUCCGGGAGAGCAGCAGCAGCAGCAGCAGCAGCAGCGGCAGGCCACAUGUGGGAGAAGUUUGACCUCCAACUAUGCUCCUCCGAGUCUGGAGAAUAAGUAUUUAGCACAAGCACCCACGCUGAUGCCGCAGUCGAGCUCUUCCUUCUUAACCCAUGCAGUGCAGCCGUCCUCCUGCCCCGCUCUCCAGCCCUCCAGACUCUCCUCCACGUCUUCCACCUUUCCCCUCACCUCCUCCUUCUCGUCUUCCCUGCUCAGCACCGAGAACAAGCUCCUCUAUAGCGACUUCCCCCGUCGCACCUCCUCGACAUCAGUCUGCACUAACUCCCUGCUCUCCACAUCCCAACCCAGCGGUGCUCUGCUCAAUCGCUUUGCUCCUCCGCCUUCAUUCUUUCAUCCUGGACCAGAAGGAGAGCAGAAGAAGGACGAUGGAGGAGAUGAAGGCAGAGAGGAAAUGCUUGAAAUAUCUGAAAGCGUGGUAUGAGAAAUAUUCCUCAUUUAGGAAGAAAAAGAGAUGGAGGAGGAGGAUGAUGAUGAUGAUGAUGCUGGCUCAUUAAUGGAGUUACCUGUCCUGGAAACAGAGACGGACAACCAGGAACACGACCUACCUGUGAUCAGCAGACAGGAGGAAUUUGCUGAGGAUGAUGGAGCAAAACAAAAGCUGGAAGAGGAGAUGAAAGAUAAAAAGUAUCGCCUCCUGAACGCGGUGUGUUGCUCCUUGGUCAACAAAACUACUCCUCCGGGACAGAAAGACUGGGACGCAGAGGACAGCGUUUGGACCAAGAUUAAAAACUUAGCAACGAACAUUUCUGUCAACGACCCGGAGUUUCUUCUCAAGGUUGUAGUUUACACCCGCCAGGAGCUGAACAUCCGCAUCACAGCAAACUUCUUACUGGCUCUUGCCGCCAAUCAGCCGUCCACCAAGCCUCACUUCCGCAGAUACUUCUGUGCCGCUGUACAGCUUCCCUCAGAUUGGCUGGAAAUAGUCAGAAUCUACAAAACGUGCUUUAGCCGCUCGCUGCCGGCGUGCCUGAAGAAGGCGAUGGCCGACAAGUUCAAGCAGUUCAGCGAGUAUCAGCUGGCCAAGUACAACACACGCAAACACCGCUGUAAGCACAGCCGCAACAAACGCAAAGGAAAGGCACCAAGUGAUGCGCAUCUGAAGAAGUGGGCGAACUUGCUCAGAUCAGAUGCAACAAUCCUGAAGAAAUUUCUGGAGGGACAGAGCAAGAGAGAGGUGGUGGAUAAAAAGCAGAGCGAGUUCAGUAUGAAGAAGAUGAUCAAGUUGUUUCACAUUAAAGAACCAGCUGAACACGUUAUGGCCAUCCUGGGGAAAAAGUAUCCUGCUGACGCGAAGGCGUUCACCCGAAGUGGGAUGAAAGGUGUUUGGGAUAGAGAGAGAGCCGGGAAGCGAAUGAAGCUCAAACAGCCAGAGACGUGGGAACGGCUGCUCAGUCAGGAAGGGAACAAGGCCGCCACCUGGGAGAAGCUCAUAGACAACAGGUCCGUUCCAUUCAUGGCGAUGCUGAGAAACCUGAGGAACAUGAUCACUCAGGGCAUCAGCGAGGCUCAUCACCAGAAGAUCCUCAGCAGACUGACCAAUAAGAAAGCUGUUAUACAGAGCCGACAGUUUCCCUUCAGAUUCCUCGCUGCCUACAAAGUCAUCAUGGAGCUUCACACUUCAGCCUCAGCAUCAGAGCAAGCGAUGCCCACUAACAUCCUGCAGGGCAUCCUCAAGAAGAUUCCCAUGAGCAAGCGCUUCAAACGUCUGGACUGGGAUACGGCCAAGAGGAGGAGGAUGAGGGUAGCGCUCGGAGUGCCGUUUGUCUGUCGAAUAUAUCAUAUGAAGAAGGACCAGCUCCUCAAGGCCAAUCAGAGGCUGUACACCGUCGAGCUGUUGGACCGUUACCGCAAAGCUCUGGAGACGGCGGUUCAGAUCUCGUGUCGUUACAACGUGCCCCCCCUCCCCGGACGCACCGCCAUCCUGCUCAGCACUGACCAACUGUGCCAGAGUCAGAACUGGAAACAGGACUUAGACUUCUGCCUCCCACCGGACACUGAGCAAGAAAACGAGGAGGAGAAAGAGGAGGAGGAGGAGGAGGAGAAGAAGGAGGAGAAGGAGGAGGAGGAGGAGAAAGAGGAGGAGGAGGAGGAGAAAGAGGAGGAGGAGAAGGAGGAGGAGGAGGAAGAACAACAAGACAGGAGAAAGAAGAAGAAAAAGGACAACGAUGACAAGCUCACUCCUUCUAUGUUGGAGGUUGCAGCUUUGCUCUCUCUGAUGAUCCGCAGCAGUGCAGAAGAUGUUCAGCUCUGCUUAUUAAGUUAUAAUCACGGUGAAGAAGUCAAGCUGAAGUCUGACGUCCUCUUGGACAAUGUGAGGACUGUGGUCAAACAAGCAAAGGCAAGCAAUAAUAUGGAUUAUGAUAAAAGAGACAGCAAUUUCAUCUUUGAAUUAUUCACCAAGAAAAACCAGGUGGACAACAUCAUCAUAAUGACCAAGUCCUGGAUUGACAGAAGCAUAGAGUGGGCCAUCAACACUUUCAGGAAGGAAAUAAACCAUAAAGCCCUCGUGGUUAAUAUCUUAUUAUCAGAUCGAAACCCAGAUGAUUCCUCUGAAAGGAACUGUGUGAACCUGGGAGGGUUCAGUGAACAAAUGCUCAGAUUUGUGGCCGAACGAGGAUCAUCCAGGCUGCUGGACCAUGUGGAGCAUUUGGACAAACUCCACAACAUCCCACCACCAGAGGGCACCAAAGACCUUCAGACCAUAAACAAUGUCACUUCAAUACCACCCAGCCCCAAGUUAAGGUGGCGAGGUGUUCGAGUGUUUAUCUCCUCCACCUUCAGAGACAUGCACGCAGAGCGAGACUUCUUGGUGCGGAGCGUCUUCCCGGAGCUGAGGCGCCGAGCUGCUCAGCACUGCCUCCACCUGCAGGAGGUGGAGCUGCGUUGGGGGGUGACGGAGGAGGAGUCGGGCCGGGCCACCGAGCUGUGUCUGUCAGAGGUUUGUCGCAGCCAGAUGCUGGUUGGGAUCUUGGGGGAGAGGUACGGCCUGGUGCCCCCAAAACCCGUCCUCCCAGACCUGCCGCAGUACAGCUGGCUGGCGUCGGCCCCGGCCGGUCUAUCCAUCACUGAGAUGGAGAUCCGUCAGUUUGAGGCUCUUUACCCCGAAACGGCAUCAUCGCAAAUGUUCUGCUACUUCAGAGAUCCAAACAUCAUUAACUCCGUUCCUGUGGCUUGGAGGUCUGAUUUCGCUCCUGAAUCAAAGGAGACUCAGUCUAAAAUGGAAGCUCUUAAGAGAAGGAUCCAGGAAAGAGGUGUGAAGGUGACUGAAAAUUACCCGUGUGAAUGGGGAGGCGUCGUAGACAAGAAGCCGUAUCUGAAGAACCUGGAGGACUUUGGGAAGGCCGUGCUGGAGGACCUGUGGACGGCUGUUGUGAAGCAGUUUGUUGAAAAGGGUGACGAGAUUGAGGCGGUGUCGGAUGUGAUGGAGCAGGAGGUCCACCAGGGGGCGCUGCAGAGGCAGUUCUUCGGUAGGACGAAGCUGCUGUCUGCGGCCGUGGAGAUGGUGGAGCAGGUCCGGGCCAAAGGAGGGACGAUGGUGGUGGAUGGAGCAGCUGGAGAGGGCAAAACUGUGUUCAUGGCGGCUCUAGCAGACGCCCUCAGGACCGGCGUUAAGUCCAGGAAAAACCUCGUCUGUGAUGUCAUCUCCUACUCCACGGCCGCCAGCCAAUCAGCACGCUCUGUGGAGAACCUCCUGCGAUGCCUCGUUCAGUGGUUGAGGAAGAUGAAGGAUGCUGAGGAAGAAUCACCUUUCCCCUUAUCUUACAAAGAUUUGCUGUCAGAGUUUCACUCCAGUUUGAGCGACGUAAAGAAGAACAAACCUCUGGUGCUGCUGGUCGAUGGGCUGGAUCUUAUACGAGACAGCAGGGAUCAGCUCAACUCUGACUGGAUCCCGCAAGAGCUUCCACAGGGUGUGUGUUUGGUUGUGAGCGUCACGUCCGCUUCGACACUGUUACAAACCCUCACCAAGAAGAAAGCCUCUCUCCUGUUUGCACUGGGACAGCUCACGAUGCCCGACCGUAAAGAGAUCGUUCAGAAAGGACUCGACGCCUUCGGGAAGAAACUCAGCGACUCUGCGUUCAACAACCAGCUCCAGACACUGACGAUGAAGAAGGGAGCAGUGAGUCCUCUCUACCUGCACCUCGCCUGUGAAGACCUGAGAAACUUUGCCUCCUUUGAUAAGUUGAAGGAGAGCAUCCAGGGUUUGCCUGCGUCUCUGAGCCAGUUGGUCCAGUUCAGCCUGGACAGACUCUGCUCGCUGCACAGAGGCAUGCUGGGAAUCCGCUGGGCUCUGGCAGCUCUCACCGUCAGCACCACCGGCCUGAGGGAGCAAGACUUGUACUCCAUACUGAACACGUGCAAUGACCUCUUCUCACGAGACGGACAGGUCACAUGGCAGGAAGCGCUGCACCUGUCCAGGAAGCCCAAAGGACGCGUUCCCAUGGCAACCUUUACCCGUUUAGUGCAGAGCUUACAGAGCCUGAUCGUUCCCUCUCAUUGCCACAACACCGACGACCUGCUGACUCUAAAUAACCCGGAUGUGAGGCGAGCCUUUGAAGACUUCCUCCUCCCUACAGAAAGCGACAGAAAAAGAGCUCACCUCGUGUUGGCGGCUCAUCUGUGGGUGCUCGCUGACCCUUCGGACACAGGCACCUUCUUUCACUCUGAGGCCGACUCCGUCAUGCAGCUUCCCUCCAGCCUGAUUCAAAGCGGCCAGGUGGAGGCGCUGCAUUUGCUGCUCUCCAGCUACUACUUCCUGUUCGCUAAUGUGCGUCACGGCUUCCUGCACCGACUGUUAGAGACCUACAGCUCACACGCUGGCACCCAGACCCGUCUGCAGGACUGCUGGAGUUUCCUGCAACGUCACGCCCAGCUGCUCUCCUCCUGGCCGGCGCUUUUCGUCCAGCAGGCCCUCAACGACCCUUCGCAGACCUCCGCUCACAUCUGGGCGCGAGGCCUGGUGGGAAAGGGAGGGGUCCGGGUCGUUGAGUGGCUGAACAAAAUCGAUCAUUACGCUCAGGAAAGCGAGCUUGUGUCGACCUUCCUCUCUGAACCGACCUGUGUGGUUGUGAGCGCGGACGGAGAGCUGAUGGUGGUCGGCACCGCACAGGGAACGCUGCAUCUCAUCAGCACAUGUGGGGGACAGGAAGUGAAGUCGCUGAUCAGCAGCUGUGACGGCAUCUCCAGCUGCGUCUUCCUGAAGGACGAUCGUCUUGCUACCACUUCCUUUGAUGGACGGAUAGAGAUUUGGGACAUCGGGAAUGGAUGCAGGACUGCUCUUAUUAACGGCCACACUAAUGUGAUAACAGGAAGUGACAUCACUGCCGACAGGAAGCACCUCGCAACUGUGUCCCUGGACUUCAUGUUGAAAGUUUGGUCCUCCACUAAAGGUAAUGAAGUCGCUGCUCUAUCCAGCUCCAGCCCUUUGAACUGUGUGACGUUUGACCCCGAGGGACGCUUGCUGGCUGCCGGCUGCUGGGACGGGAAAGUGAUCGUGUGGAACUGGCUCCAGAAUAAAACUCAAACGUCUCUGUCUGGUCACCAGCGCUCAGUCCGCAGUCUCUCCUUCUCUCCCUCCUCCUCCUCCAUGCUCUGCUCUGGCUCUGUGUCGGGAGAGGUGAGGGUUUGGUCGGUGCCCACCUCCACCUGCGUCGGGUGUUUCCAGGCUCACAGGGGAGCGACGGACGCCCUCACCUUCCUGGAUGAUGGGAUUGUGUUGCUGACUGGCGGCUCCGAUCGCACGCUCCAGCUCUGGUCGGGAGGACUCGGACGUUCAGUUGCUACAUUUAAAAGCGAUGAAGGCGAGCAGGAGCCUCCUCAGAAGAAACUGAAGUGUGUAACCUCGGAGCCCGCUGCUCUGUGUGUGGCUGUAAACGGAGACCAUGUGGCUGUGGGUUACCAUCGAGAAGGCAUCAAACUCUUCAGUAUCGGCACAGGUGAGGAGGUUUGGGCGUCAAAGUUAGUGGACGUGACCGUGCCGUGCCUGCUGUGGCUCGUUGUGGACGCAGAGCAGCCGGCUACGGAGCUGCUGGUGUCUGCAGGAGGAGACAUACGCCUGCGGGUCUGGAAGAGAAAAGAAGGAGAGGAGGGGAUGCUGGGAGGCCUGGAAGAGUUUGGGAUGUUUGGGGCGCAGUCGGGCGUCAUCAUGGCACUCGCACAAAACUCCACUUACCUGGCGACGGCUUCAGAAAACUUCACCAUCGCUCUGUGGUCGUUGAGCGAACUGGCCACCGACUCUUGUUGUGAUCCGAAGGCGUUUCUGAGGGGCCACACAGGAGGGGUCACCUGUCUGGCUUUCAGUCCUGAUGGUCAACAGCUGCUGUCUGGAGGAAAAGAUCAGGCUCUGAUGGUUUGGGAUAUGAGUUCGUCUCCUCCUGUUCUUUCUAAGUCGCUCCCUCACUCUCACCGAGACUGGAUCACCGGCUGCGUUUGGACUCCAGACUGUGUGGUGAGCUCCUCAAAUGAUGGGAGGCUUUGUUUAUGGGACCUGGAGGCGGGCCAAAGUCUCCGCGAAAUCUCCUGGACGAAUCCUCUUACGUCUGUCUGCUGCCUGGGACAGUAUGUGAUAGCUGGCUGUGCGGAGGGGGCGCUUCAUGUUUGGAACUGGGAAACAAGCGUAGAAAUCAGCCACAUUACCGCCCAUAAGCAACGCAUACACCACUGCUCCCUCCUCCGUUAUAAAGCCGAGAACAAAGAAGUCAGCUCAGAAGAAAUGAGUGUCUUCACUGCGUCUGAUGACGGCACGGUGCAGCUUUGGAAGCCUUUACAGGUGGACCACUUCGGCACCUUCCACGGUCACAGCGGUGCGAUUCACGGAGUCGUUGAUAAGGAAGAAACUCAGGAAUUCAUCAGCAUCUCUGAAGACUGCUCACUGCGAUGCUGGAUGUGGACAACAGAGUUUCCUGGCAGUCAGAGAGGCAACAUCACCGCUCUGUGCUUCUCUGACAGAGAUGAUUUGCUUCUUGCUGGUUAUGAAUCCGGUUUACUGGAGUUAUGGCAGCACAACGCAGUGGUCGGCCUCAAGCAGGUGUCAGACGGCCCCAUCAAAGCAAUCUGCAGCAUGCCUGAUAGCCAGUUCGGUGUCAGCCACAUGAAAUGCGUUGAUGUGUGGAAGCUGGUGUGGAAUCAUAAACACAACACGGCAAACCUGGUGAAGAUGAACACAUACACAGUGACAGAGUCAAUGAUACACCUACAAUACUGCACCGUCCUAAUCGCUGUGUCCGACAAAGGGCAUAUAAAAGAUGUCUCCUGCUCUGAGGAAUGCAACUGGCAACACGAAAUCCAUAGUUGGCAUCAAAGUGUUCGAUUGUUGGGGACGAUCCGUAACGAUGAGAAAAGCAUGUGGCUGCUGGGAGAGUCGGAUCGAGGAGAAGUUGACAUCGGCUUCUUGUUCGCCAUGGGCCCAAAAAAUUCACUCAGUUCAGCUUUCAGCUCAGUGACACUAAAAGACGACAAGGACGAGGACGACGAGGAGGGGGAGGAGAAGAAAGAGAAGAAUAAAAAGCCGAUAACAGCUGUGACUAUGGACAAAGAUUUCGUGGUGUGUGGAGACCUGAAGGGCAACAUGUGGUUCAACCAGCCUCCAAAUCUUUCCUCGUGGAGCAGAAGAAAACCUGUGCACGGCGACAGGAUCAGUGUGCUGAGAAUCACCGACAGCACCAUCAUCUCCGGCUCCUACGACAGGACGGUGAAGAUGUGGGACAGAAACACUAAGAAACAGGUGGGUAUGUUCGUGUGUGGAGGUCCGGUGUUGCUUUUGGAAAUCAACCCAGAGAAACCGUCUGAGCUGGUUUGUGCCGACGGACAGGGGAAGCUGUAUUUCCUGUCCUGGAAGGAAUAAUCCUCUCGUUAUUCAUUCGGGAUGUGUGCAACAUAUUUAAUCACUCCAUUAAUCAGAAAUGGUCAGAAGCAUUUGUUUACUUUAUUGACUUUGAAUGUAUUAUGCAUGUAUGGGGGGAAAUAUUCACAUCACCAUAAAAAUUUAUAGUAAGGAUGCUCCUCGUUGUCAUGGUUACGUGUGCCUUUAAUUUAGAUUAGAAAACUUGCAAAUGUAAUUUACAAGUUUAAAUAUAUAAAUAUAGCUUUACAAAUAUUAGUUAUGGUUUCGCGUAGGAGCUGAAUUACUUUCUUUCUUUUUUUACUUGAAGGUUAUUAAAUGAAAUUUGGUUUAUGAAGCACUUUGGAAAUGGGGAAAAAUGGUAAUAGAUUACA